CUGCCCCCCUCAAACCAGCCCCGCCUGCCGAGCCGCUCCCGGCGCCGGCGCAGUUGUUCCCACCCUCGUCCCGGAAGGGCUCCUGUUUCCCGGAGUGCCUCGCGCGCUCCUUUCCGGCCUGUGCCCGGGCAGGCGUUGCUCAGAUGGCUCCUGCAAAGAAAGGCGGUGAGAAGAAGAAGGGGCGCUCUGCCAUCAACGAGGUGGUAACGAGGGAAUACACAAUCAACAUUCACAAGCGGAUCCAUGGCGUGGGCUUCAAGAAGCGGGCACCGCGCGCUCUCAAGGAGAUCCGUAAAUUUGCGAUGAAGGAGAUGGGUACUCCUGACGUUCGCAUUGACACCAGAUUGAACAAAGCAGUCUGGGCUAAAGGAAUAAGGAACGUUCCUUACCGUAUCCGUGUACGUUUGUCCAGAAAGCGCAAUGAGGAUGAAGAUUCACCAAACAAACUGUACACUCUGGUUACCUACGUACCAGUCACCACAUUCAAAGGUCUACAGACAGUCAAUGUGGAUGAAAAUUAAUCUGAUUUUCAUUACAAUAAAAGGAUAAAAAGAAAGUUUA